AUGGUGAUUCCCCCCAAGAGGAAUAAGUUUGGAAAACGGUUCGGUUUCACUAGAUUCUCAGAGGUUGAAGAUGGCAGGAUCCUUGCAGUCAAACUUGAAAACAUCUUGAUUGAUAAUGUCAAAAUUCACGCCAAGAUUCCCAGAUUUUCAAGAGGGCAAUCUAAUCGCAAGGAAGAAACCAAGAGAAGAGGGGUCAAUCAAAACUAUAACGACGGGAAUGCAACAGGGAAGAAGAGUUCUGGUCAUCCUAAUAGUAAGGUUGGAGCUAGAUCCUUUGCAAAAGUGGUCAACGUAGCAGGUGCAUCUUCGACGACUUACAUUCCUCGCAAAACGCCGGUUCAUAUUAGUUACAAUCUGGAAGAAGAUGACAUCUUUAGACUCAAUAAAGCUUAUGUUAGAGUGGUCAACAGUCCUGACAUGUCUUAUAAUAUACAAACAAGUUUCAAAACCAAAGGCUACUUUUCUAUCAAAGUUACUCCGCUUGGGGCGAAUUUGUGCUUAUUGGAGGAGAGCGAGGAAGGAGAGAUCAGAGACUUGAUAAGGGAGGCAAAAUCUUGGUGGAAACAAUGGUUUUCAAAUAUCAGAAGAUGGAGAUAA